AUGCGUCAGAGCAAUGAGAAGUACAGAAAAGUCUCCACCGCAGUAACUUCCCAGCCGUCAAUCACGAUGAACUUCACCCUUCUUUUGCUCGCAUUUUUCCUAAAUCCUCUGCAAAUUUCUCCUGGUUCUCCCGCUGAAGAUGUUCAGCACAAAUUGAUGCACCUACUGGACUUUUCUCUCGCUAAUCCGGAAAUUCUCACGCCUAAUGCAUUUUUUGGAAUUAAUUUUGCCGACGCAAUUACUCCCCAAAGAGUUGUAAAGGAAAAAAUUCAAAAAGUACGAAAAGUUUUUGAGGAAAUCUCUCGGAAAAAUGGAUGGGAAGUCUUUGACUUUGCUGUGGAUCCAACAUUUUGGAGGAAAAACUCAGCCAAGAGGAGGGAAAAGCUCCCAGCUGAACGAUUAAAUGUCUCCGAAGAAGUUUAUGAGAAUCUCUUAAAUAUUGGGAGUCCGGAUGAAGAACAAUCAGAUGAAUGCCUGAGGAAACUUUCUCGCGGGAAGUGUUCAGUGUCAAGGAAAUGUUGGAAGGUGAUGUCACCGAAUGAGGAAGCUUUUGGGUAUCAUCAGACGCACAAACUCCUCUUCUACAUGGUUCUCUCACGACAGAGAGGCUGCAAUUUCAACCCUUUCAACACACAAAAAAUCAUCCGAAAGCUCUGCACUAAGAUCCUCACUGAAGUCCUCACAAUUGCCCAUCAAGGCUUCCCUGAGAAUUUUAGAGAUUUAGCAAUGGAGCAAAUUUUUCUCUGCUCAUUUGAGGACUUUCCGGACUUCCUAAAACCCCGUUGGAUUGCAGAAAUCUCUUCCUGGCAGGAUGAAUCUGGAUGUUUUACCCUAUGUGAGUCUUCCCGAAAGUGCUGUUCCUGUUCAGAUCACAUGACAGGCGUAGGAGCUGCUCUUCUGGCCACAUUUUCCUCAAGUUAAAAAUGAAAAAAAAAUGCUUUAGGUGUAUUCUAGAAAAUUUGUAUAUUGUAGAGCAAAAAAAAAUCCCAUUGUGUUAAUGCAAA